AAACAGCUGUUGAUUAUGAGUCAUCAACCUCCAGUUUCCUGUAUUCCAAACACAGCCAAAAUGUCGAAAGCAAAAAAAGUGAUCGAAGAAGCAAAGGAAAAUAAUAAUCCUGAAAUCGAUUUAGUGGAUAAAGGAGUUUCUAGCCUCGAUGAGAUACCUGGAUUGUUUGCCCUGGCUAAUGUCACUCGUCUGUCUCUAAGCCACAACAAGAUACAAGUGGUUCCGGCGACCCUCGCCAACCUUACGAACUUGGAGAUCCUGAAUCUUGCCAACAACCACAUCCAGGAGUUACCCGUCAGUCUAUCCUCUUUACCGAAACUCCGUAUUCUAAAUGUGUCACUCAAUAAGCUUAAUGGCUUGCCACGAGGAUUUGGAUCAUUCCCGGUGUUGGAAAUACUGGACUUGACUUACAAUAACUUGAAUGAGAAGAAUCUGUCUGGAAACUUCUUCAUUAUGGACAGUCUUCGUGCAUUAUAUUUGGGCGACAAUGACUUCGAAACAUUGCCCCCAGAAAUCGGUAACCUGAAGAACUUACAAAUUCUAUCGAUGCGUGAGAACGACCUGAUCGAGGUUCCGCGCGAGCUCGGCCAGCUGGCGCGUUUGCGGGAACUGCACCUGCAGGGUAACAGGCUGGUCGUGCUGCCUCCUGAGAUUGGCUCCUUGGACCUAGCUAGCAAUAAGUCGGUGCUACGGCUGGAGGGUAACUUCUGGGUGCCCCACAUCGAAGACCAGCUCAAGCUGGGCCCCUCCCACGUACUGGACUACCUGCGUUCCGAGACUUAUAAAGUAUUGUACAGCCGCCACAUGUCAGCCAAGCCGCCGCCGCCACCGCAGACACUCGACAAGAGCAAGAAAGCGAGUCGGGCAGCCUAACACAACAACACAAAUAUAUUGUGCCAUUACUUACGAUACUAACGCUUUAUACAAUUAGAACGAUUUAAAAUGAGAUUAAUUUAUUUACAUUUUUACUACUGUGACAACUACUGACGACUGGUAUAGAUUUAUGAGUUUCUAUGUGACUAAAAUUUGAUUUUUUAAUUGUGGAUAAUAACUUAAACCAAAGAGAAUUCCACUCGUCGCAGGCAAGGGAGCUUAUAUUAGGUAAAUUAUGACCUCUUAUUGUGACCUUACAGUUUACUGUUUCCCUUACAUGCUGUGUAUUACGCCCUCUAGCGUCCAAAACGGGCAUUCUUACUUUACAAGCUCAUGCCAAGUUCAAUCGGUUAUGUUAAAAAUGCUGUCUAUUUUCGAAGUUGGAUAAAUGUGUAUUGUUUAAACUUUUUUAUAUUUUAGACGAAGUAUAGUUGUCUUUAUGAGCUCUGGCUUAUAAAGACUCGUGUUCUAGAUGUUGAAUAUACUAGUUAUAAUAUAUGUGUGCGUAAUAGGUUAACUUUCUGAUCUGAUUAACUGUUUGAAUUCCAUAAUUACAAUAAUUUAAGACCAGUAUUUAUUUUUAAGUUAUAACUAUUUAAUGUAUUGAUACGUUUUUUAAUAACGUUUUUGUAAACAAAUCAAAUGGAAUACAAUCCGUAAAGAAAAAACAAAAAUGUAUUCACACAAAUUUUAAUAAUACCAAAAUGUUACAUUCAUUCAAAUAAUUUCGCAAUCAAAUUUUAAUGUAUGGACCUAAAAAAAAUAAUGUGUAUGACUAAAUUACUAUAUGUCAAAAUGUCAAAUUAACAACAAGUAAUUAAUUAAUUAAUUAAUUAAACUUAGUUAACAUAAGUGCACUUACGUAGAUACAUCUACAUUAUAACUAUGGUGCUAAUAAAUUAACUUGAAUUCUGUGUUUUUUUUAUAUAAAAUUAUAAUUAAAUGCAUUUCUUAUUAUACUAACAA